AUGGCUUUCAUGGUUGCAUCAUUCUUGAAUUUCAUUCUCUUGUUUUCAUUAGUUUCAACAGGGAACUCACUUAGUUAUAACUACUAUGAAAAGACAUGCCCUGAUGUAGAGUUCAUUGUUGCCAAGACAGUGAGAGCUGCCACUGCUUCGGACAAAACUGUCCCCGCAGCACUUCUUCGAUUGCACUUCCACGACUGCUUCAUUCGGGGUUGUGAUGCAUCUGUGCUGCUAAACUCAAAAGGAAGCAACAAAGCAGAAAAAGAUGGACCACCAAAUGUAUCUUUGCAUGCAUUUUUUAUCAUUGAUAAUGCAAAGAAAGCGAUAGAAGCUGCAUGUCCUGGUGUAGUGUCUUGUGCCGAUAUCCUAGCUCUAGCAGCAAGGGAUGCUGUAUUUCUGUCUGGAGGUCCAGGUUGGGAUGUUCCUAAAGGAAGAAAGGAUGGAAGAAUAUCCAAGGCCAGUGAAACCAUACAGUUACCAUCACCAUCUUUCAACGUAUCGCAACUACAGAAAAGCUUCUCUCAAAGAGGUCUGUCAUUGGAAGACUUGGUAGCUUUAUCAGGAGGACACACCUUAGGUUUCUCUCACUGCUCAUCCUUCAGAAACAGAAUCCAUAACUUCAAUGCUACACAUGAUGUGGACCCUUCCUUAAAUCCAUCAUUUGCAUCAAAGCUAAAAUCAAUCUGUCCAAUAAAAAAUCAAAUAAAGAAUGCAGGCACCACCUUGGAUGCUUCUUCAACUACAUUUGACAAUACAUAUUACAAGUUGAUCCUCCAAGGGAAGGCCAUCUUUUCGUCUGAUCAAGUUCUUAUUAAUACUCCAAGUACCAAAGAUCUUGUUUCAAAGUUUGCUACCUCACAAGAUGCAUUUUAUAAGGCUUUUGUGAAGUCUAUGGUCAAAAUGAGCAGCAUCAAUGGUGGCCAAGAGAUUAGGAAGGACUGUAGAGUGGUUAAUUAG